ACUCGCCGAAGUCUCGUAGUCGUAGUUCUCAGCUGAACGUUGCUCAGCCGCAGCGUAAACAACGAUCUGUCACUUUGUCCCGAAAGAAAUCGCUCGUCCUUCCGGAAACCGAUUUGGCAGGAUGUCGGUGACUGACCCGCUCAUUAAAGAAUUAAAAGGUCAUGUCCUAGAGGCUACAAAGGCAUCUGCAAAUGGCACUCUUACAGAUACACAGUCAUUCCUCUUACCAAUGUGCCAAGUCUUGGAAGAAAUAUUUCGUAAAGGAAUGAACAACCAAGUUCACUCAGCUUUUGGCAUCACCCGUCGUGAUUACUGGGCUUGGAUCAACAAAACUUUUCAAACAUCAGAAGGGUUGAGUAGUAGUUUUAAGCGAACAGUAGAAUUCGUAUCCAGUAACCAGUGCGUAGCAACUCCUCAGGGACGUGGCCGUUUGUUUAUCAGAGCUGCCCUUAAAGCCAAAUGUCUCCAUGUUCCUGUUGAAACAAUAGUGCGUAUGAAAUGUAAUGAAGGCUUAUAUGAUGAAAGCUCAAUUAUUGGUGAUGAAAUUCUUGGGGAGAUAUUCCUGAGCCUUCUUUAUCAAUGUUCUCAUUUGAACUUUGAUAUGAAAAUUGAAAAUGCUUCAUUUUUGGAUGAAACAUGGCAGCUUCCUAUCUAUGAAGAGUAUGAAUUAGUUCCAUGCAUGGAUCUUGGAGUGUAUUUAGGCCAUGUAAGCGGCCGUGCUGUUGUGGUGAGGGUGGAGGACGGAAGUGUUGCGGCUGAGGAUAAUAAGAUAGAAGUUGGGGAUGUCAUUGAUGAAGCUUUUGGCAUCUGCAUUAAUGGAUGGCGACGUGGACGUGUGACUUCUCUCCUGAGACAGAAGAAAGGUCUUCCAGUUUCAUUAAAAGUUAUUAAGGGCCACUAUCCUAAUGGAUCAGUUUUUCCUGGUGUGGUGCCCUUACUUCGUCGUCUUCAUUUAGAUAUUGAAUCUCUACAAGAACAAUAUAGGGAAGCUGCUCUUUUGGAGAGUCAGGAAACAUCAUUGUCUACAAGCCAUAUAGGAGGCCAAACAGUCUAUUACCUUGGUAGUGUUUCUGUGGGAAGCUGUGGUGAUGUUUCUCAAAUUGAACAUGCUGUUAUGGCCGUCUCCACACAAAAUAGACAAAGUGUUGCCGUCAAUCUUAUAACAGGAGAGAUUGGUGUACAAACGUUGCUCAAGACAAACAGGAAGAUGAUUCUCAGUCAUAGCUAUACAGAAAUAUCUUCGUGUGGCAGAAGAAAUGACAUGCCAGAAUAUUUUGCCUAUAUUGCUGGGGACACAAGCUGUACCAUAUCAUCUCACUUCACUUGCUAUGUCUUCAAAGGAAGUUCAACUGAGCAGUCUCGAGAUAUUCUUCUGACUUUGGCUGAUGGCUUCCACAGAACACAUUGGGCUGUAUAAGGUAUAGUCACUUGGUGUAUUGAAUAUUGGGUAACGUACCUUAUUUUGUGACGGGUUGAACUUUGGUAGGUAGAUACUGUGUAAAGUUGGACACCAAAUUGAGUCUACUUUGUAUUUGAAGUAUCAAGUUCUUGAUAUUUUAGGAAAAUUGUAGAUGACAGAAUGCACAGUAAUUUUAUAAAUUACAGCACUUCCAUCAGUUUGAAUCACUCUUGAUAAAAUAUUCUCAUUUGUUAUUUGUCUGUAUUAAAAGCAAGGUUGCCUGGACCUACAGUGUAAUGGGAUAGAUUUUAACAAAAUGGGAUAGUUUUAUGGUGAUGGUAUUCAUUUUAAGGUUUGAGCUAUUGUUGUAAAAACAACAUAGUGAAAUUUAACUACAGUAUUUUUAUUUUUAUAUAAGGAUUUUGUAUGAAACUUGUAUUUAUAAUAAUAAUUAUCAAAAUAUCUGAUAACCUUGACUAAUUAAAAAUAUGUGUAUAUUUACUGAAAAGAUUAUUGUAUUAAAAAAUAUACAGGUUUAUAUGCUACUAGAUAAAUUGAAAUAAGACACUUUUCCUAGAAGUGUAAAAAUACUUUUUGAAUUUGAGUUUGGGGUUUGAAUAUUUGUGAUUAUAAAUGUACAAGUAAACUUCCAACUUCUCAUUAGCUGAAUUGUGCUUGUGUGAAUUUGUUAUUAUUUUUGCUAUUUAGCUUUUAUUUUUGUCUUUUAUAAUUUUCACGAUGUGAAUAUUUUAUACACUGUAUAUGUAUUAAAGUUUUCACAGAAAUGCAUAUCAUGUUCAAAGUUUUCUCAUAUUUAUGAUGGUUAAAUACAAGAGUGCAUAAUCAGACUGUAACAGAAUUGUGCAAGAAAAAGGCAGUUGAUAUAGGGGUGAAUGUACAAACUUUGCGAGUGUGAAAUGUAUUUUCUGUUCGUAUGUAGUUUCAAUAUCAGGAUGACAGCCAUGAGUAGAAAUUGUUUGGUUUCUGUAUUCUUUAUUUAAUUACACUGCAGCAUAUGGUAAAGUUUCCACAAAACUUAACUAGUAAUGAGUGAAAACAUUGACACAUGUACACAGUCCCAGUAUAACUGGCACCACUUGCCUUUGUCUUUCACUCACUCUCAUGCCUUAAUUUAUUUAGGUCCUUCCAUUCUUUCACUUUUUCCACACCAUCUAGACACCUGUUACUCCUCAACCUCUAAAUUAUGCUGUCUCUUCACCAACCUACUACCCUCCAUUCUUUCCAUGGGACCGUACCACUUGACAAUGCUGUGAUCCAUCAUUCUCCUUUUCUUCAUUAUCUGGUAUAUACAUGUUCUCUAAGCUGUUUUUACUUCACUUAUCUAUUACAAGUAUUUCAUCAUGACACCUUAUAUACCUUUUUUUUCUCUCUCAUUUGCCCCCUACAUCAACACCUCACUUCUACAUAGUGAAACUGGCAAAACAGUACAUUCAUACAUUCCAACAUUUCCCUCUCGCAGAGAUUCAGUAACUUGCCUCUUAAUCUUUCUUUUGUCCAUUACAUUGACUCUGAAGUACCUGUAUGAAUCAUUCAUGCGACCAUCUGUAUGAAUCAGCCACUAAAGUCUUUCAAUAUUCAUCCAGUCAUUUAUUUUUCUGCCUUGAAAAUCGUUUUUGUUUACUUGAAAACAUUCUUACAGUCCUUGUAUUUCCUUUACACCAAUACCAACCAUAUCAUCACUGUAUCAUUAGCAUACAUCAAUUGUUCCAUUCUAGUUCUUUGAUCCAUUUCCUUAUUCCACAAGUUUGCUCUUAUAUCUUUAACAUUUCUCCCUACUCCAUCCAUAUAAGUAGUAUUAUAAUUGGCUAGAAGGCAUACCUCACAGUCUUGCACCAAACCAGCCACUUUUUGUUUUUUCAUAUGAUAAAGCGAGCUUCACUUUCAUUAUAAAAACUAAUAACUGCUCUCAGCAAAGUACUUUGGAUACUGUGCCAGCUCAGUAUCAGUGGAUAUACAUUGUACCUCUUUAUCUAUUUUGUCAUAGUUUCUCUACUAACAUUUCAAGCCUGUUGUCGCAUAGAGCUAAUAUUUAAAGAGAUAUUUAAGAAAUGCUAUCUUCUUGAUAUUUUGGCACAUCAUGUUUUAGACCUUUCAGUAAUUUUGGGCAAUAUAAAUGAAGUACCAGAAUUUAUUGGUUAAGGCAAUUUACUCUUAAACUUUUUCAAUUUCCUCACCAUUCAUUGCAGAUAUCCGAACACCUGUCCUUGUUUCUCAUUCUGUCUCAAACUUAUGAAUGGAAGAGUUUACUGUGUAUCCCCCUUAUUCGCGGGGGAUGUGUACCAGACGCCCCUGCAAAUAGCUAGAAUCCACGAAUACUUAGAACCCCUAUUUUGUUAUUUCAAACUCAAGAAAAAAAAAUGCUUAUACCUAGUUUUUGUUAAUAGUUUUAUCACAAAAAGUGCAUUUAAUCAUGAAAUUGAAAUAAAAAUAUAGUUAUUUGUGGAUACUAUUUCUCGUAGAAAAAUACAGCAAAUAUGUGAAUUUCUCGUGAAUAAUGGGUAGAUGUGGCCCAUAGAGACAUCCGUGAAUACGUGAGUCCGCGAAUGCCGAAAACACAGAUAAGGGGGGUCCACUGUACUAUGAUAUGGCUUUUUACAUUUUGAAUCAUCAGUAAUAGUCAUUUCCUAUUCAGUAUCCUUCAUAUAGGCAUUUGUAUGUUUUUAUACAGUGUGUAUGAGAAGAGGGUGUUUGUUGGCAAAUUUUGAUUAUAAGAUACGUAUUGCAGAUGUGGGGCAAUGACUAUCCUCUGUUAGCACGGUAUGGUAUGGUGCAUUGUCUAUUACCAGGACUGAUGGCUGAGGAAGCAAUGGUAAAAGUGGCAGUGUUGGCCAUCAGUGUAACAAUUGGCCAUUCAUCUAACCAUGGUAGUUGACACUGGUGUUUUUGACAGUGAAACAAAGAAAAGAAUUCUUAACAAAUCCUGCCAUGGAAUGCUAUAAUUGUUAAAGGGAACCCUUAAGGAGAUAUCACUUACGGUGUCAGAAAAAAAAUACCACAACAUGUUUGCCAUAACUGAUACAGUUGUGUGGACGUAUUCUUGCAGCUAUGAUGUUUGCGCAUAUCGGACGACAAAUAAACAUACCUAAAAACCAGUAAACUAUGGCUCCUCUAAUUUUCUGUCAGUCCACUCAUCUGUGUCAAUAUACUGUAAAUGAACCAUGAGGUUAUAAUAAUCUUUCAAAACAAUGAAAUACAGAUAAAAUUGAAUGCAUAAACUAAUUUGGAUACGUAAAACGUAAAAAGCCAUAUCAUAGUAGUCUAUUCCAUUCAUAAAUUUGAGACAGGCAUUCAGAUAUCUACAAUGAAUGUUGAGGAAAUUGAAAAAGUUCAGGAAUAAAUUGCCUUAAUCAAUAAAUUCUGAUAUUUCAUUAUAUCCCAAAAUUACAUGACAGUCUAAAAGAUGCAUUGCCAAAUAUCAAGAAGAUACAGCUGAUAUUUAAAAAGAUAUUCAUGAAAACUUAUGCAACAGGGAUGUGUAAGAAAAGUGUUAUUAUGUAUAUCAGUUUAGUGAGCAUUACUUAAUUUUAUUUCUAUUUUCUAUAUUAGUGAAAUGUGGUUGAUGUUCAGUGUAUGGGAAACGUGUUUGAUUUUAGAAAAUAUCUUGAUGUAUUUAAGUUGUGUUGUGACAUCAUAGAAGACAAGAUGGUGGCGGCGUGCGGUGGAAAGGUAAACAAUAAAAAAGCGCGCAGUAGAUGGCACGCAGAUCUGUUGUUUGGUAUGGUAGUUGAGAGCUCUCUGUCUUUUAGGAGUUUGUGGGUUGUAAGUCAUGUUGGUGGUGGUGUUCAAAGUCUUAAGCUAGAGUAUACUGGGACCAAAGAACGUGAACAGGUGGAUAGAUUGCACAUUUGUGUCACAAAGGGAAGAUUAGGCUAUGAAAAUAUUAAAAAAGUGCGCUUCUCCCCUAAUCUCAAACACACAGCUUUUCAUAAAAAUAUUUUAUGGGUAAACUGUCUUCCAUGUGUAAAUGCACACUACUAUUCCCCAUAUGUUUUGAGUGUAUUAAUGCAUUAACCUUGAGUUCAGUGUUAAUUCCAAAUUAAUUUUCAUGUGUGCCAAAUGAAAUUUGAAUUCACACCAUUCUAGUUUCAUGUCCAGAACACUACUAUUGAGUUUUUAGAUUUUAGGAGGUAGAGCUGAUGUGUAUAGAUAGCAUCAUUAUCAAGAACUUAAGAAAGCACGUUACAAAUAUUGGAAUGUUGUGGUGUUUAUGAAAUGGACUAGUACUCAUUUUGUGCUUUCCAAGCAAAGGUCAAGGGUCAAACAAUGUAAUGCCUGUAUCUGGGGCAGGUCAGAUGGUAACUGCAAAAGGAGGGCAUGGGAAAAAAGCGUUGGAUUUAACUGGAGGAAUAAUAGAGCUGCCUUUUGAAAGAAGGAUGAUUAUAAGAAUCAGGGAAAUGGAAAUGGGGAGGGGAUUAUUAAAGUGAGCAAUCCUAAAAGCUUAUCCGUGCUGUGUAAAUUGUUGGUUAUGUGUUGGUUAUAUGUGUCACCUGAGAGAUAAAUUAUCCCUUUUAUAAGAAAGUGAGGCAGUUAUGCAUAGUAGAGAAUGGGCAUGAGAGAGGAAGGAAGAUGAUAAUGUUAAGACAGUGUUUCAUUGUCAAAGAUGAUAGGAAAGUUAGGGAGAUCUCAAAUACCAGAGUAUUUUUCCAGGGGUGAAUAAGACCAGUGUAGUGUUUGUAAGAGGAAGAAUGGAAAAAAUAUUGAAACGCUUACUCAUAAUUUUCAAAGAAUCAUAUAUAGCAAGUUCAGAAUCUCUUGCAGUACUAGUUUGAAGUAACCUAAAUACCCAACAUGUUAAUAGAAAGGAUAGAAAAGUAAAAUUGAAUUAUGGUGCUUCAUCAUCCCAAAAAUUUUAAAAACUGGAUGUGAAACUAUUCAAUAAUGAAGAAACUUUUAUAAUAUAAAGUAAGUUUUCCUUAAUCACAUAAAUGUAGUACAUAUUUUUGUUACUUGAAUUUUCUCCAAAUUUGUGGUCUUUUGUCUGACAGGCAGAAUUGGUAAGGUAAUCUCAUAUGCAGCCAUUUUAUUUACAUUUUGGAUUUAGAAGAGCACAUCAGGAUUGACAUCAGGCAGAGCUACAGCUCUGGCAGUUCAAAUGUUUGUUCAUAGUAAGAUUACAUAAAUCCAUGAGAUGUGGAGUAAGACAAUUGUAUCAGUAUGUCAUUCAGAUUGGAAAAGACACUUUGUUCAUAUACGAAACAAACCUUCUGUCUUAACAUUAGGAUAAAUACUCAGCGCCAGCUGGAAACCGGUAAAGUUUAAAAUAAUUGUGUAUGCAAGGGACUAUUGGCAUCUGUGCUUGGUCACAAGACAUGUGGAGCCACCCACAUACCCCUUAUUACCUCGUGACCCCGUUAGUUAUUUUCUUACCACCUUUAAGUGAGGACGUGCUUUGCUCCAUCCUUUUAAAGCCGGUUUAGUUUGCCCCCUGUUGUUUUCUAUUUGUUGUUUGGAAUUCCCGGGUAUGUGAACAUGAAGCCUUCUCAUGCUGCGAGAGUUCCUGGAUAUCACGAGAAGCAGAUAAAUGCCCUGUUAUUUUCUUCGACGGUUGCGACGUCGUAGUACUCAUUGUGUAGUAAGUCGUAGGUGAAGAAACUCUUAAGGUACGGUUAAUUCGUUACCUGUGCUUUCCAAUAUCACUUAUUCAUAUGGAUUGCCUGUAAUCCAAAGCUUUGAUGUAUCUGGAUGUGCUUUGGGAAGUAAUUAUGACUAAUUGUGCUCCUUUCCCUGCGGGGAGAGGGAUGCAUCGCCAUCUUGUUUUCGUUCCAGAUACGUGGGUAGAGAGGAUGCAUGUGUGCGUUCGGCGUUAGGCUUAUCAGGAGAACCAACCCAAGCAGGAACACAGUUGGUUUGAUUUAUAACGUCGUGUUGCCACCCAGGAUCCCACGUGAUGGAUGUCCCUCUUAUCCUGAAAUGCACUGAAUGGCGGUCAGAUGCGUUACCAUCUGUAAAGAAGCAGAUAGUGCAACAAGGCAGCCUUUAAUGUCAGGUUGCUAUGCCUACGAGAAUAACAUCAACAGCCUUGCACUUCUAGUAGGGUGCUGGCUUCGCAUUCGAGAUACUCAGUGACGUCUUAAACAUGGCGACCGCCAUGACGUCACUUCACAGCUGCGGCCUACACGAAGACAUGGCUCCAUUUCCAUUUCGAGGUACAAGAGUACUUUACAACUAUGCUUUCGGAUUGUUAGGUUUUUAAUGCACAUUGUUUUUGAGAGAAUUACAAGCGUUAGGAGAUAUAAGUCACAUAAUGGAAAAGAGACAAGUCUUUCCUAUGUAUCCUGCCGCUUAGGCGUCAUGAAGCUUAGGUGACUGGCCUUGAUGCCAGUGCGUUCUCCUGCCAAUCCUGGAAAAAUAGGGACUUCGUAGCUGAUCCUAGAGCCAAGAGGAGAAGUUUCUUCUCCAUCUUUGAGCCAGGAUUGUUACAUCCCUAUUAUAUGAAAGCACAAGAAGUAGUUGUAAUUGUCGAACAAGUAAAUGAUGGAAAAUUAGUCUAGUGUGGCUGCUGUGAAGAGUUGAAAAGGCUAGAAUCAGGGAAUUCGUGUCUGAUCCUCGUGCCAAAAGGCUGGGUCUCUUGAUCUUGGCUGCAAGAGUAAAACAGGAUCUAGAGGUGAAAUUGGCUAAGUAAGACAAAAAGAAAAGGCAUGAUUCGUCUUCUUCUUUGUCUUCUUCUCUAGAUGGUGUCAUAUUUAAGUUCGAUGGCAUCACUGAGUGUACCAGUCAAGCGUUGGAGGAUACGGGAUUUCGUGACUGAUCCUCGGGACAAGAGGAGAAGAGUAAAUUCUUCUUCAUCUUCGAACCAGGACUGUCACAGCCCAAUCAGCAAGAAAAUCAAGAAGUCAGGGGCUGGUAAGCUCAAAGCAAUCGGACGAAGCCAUUUACAAGAGUCCGAACGAGCGAAAGUGUCGGCGGUUGCUGGGCUAGCGGCCGACGUGGAGUUGCCAGGGGUGACUACAAAGAGUCUAAGAGAGACUACAAUGCCGUUGCUGAACUUGAUACAUACACCGAUGCUUUUACAAAUGUUUUCCAUGGACUCUAGAUGUCAGAGUAAUGAAAUAUGAUAAAAUUGCUCUCAUAUUUGUAUAUAGGAUUGCAAACAGAUACCUUCUCAAAUCCUACUGACUAUAAUAUUUUCAAGAUCGAGCCAUCAGCGGCCAUUAAAGAUCAAAGGUGCCGAGGCCGUAUGGUUGGACGACCAUGACUCAUGCAAAUAGAUACCUUCUCAAAUCUUACUGAAUAUUCGGGAUUGAGCCAUCGGUGGCCAUUAAAGAUCGAAGUUGCCGUGGUCGUAUGGUCGGAAGGCCAUGACGUAUGCAAAUAGCUACCUUCUCAGAUCCUACUGACUAUUCGAGAUCGAGCCAUCAGUGGCCAUUAAAGAUCAAAGAUGCCGCGGCCGUAUGGUCAGGCGGCCAUGACGCACCCGGACGUUUGUCAGAGGGUAGGAGUGAGUUAACGUCUCCUGUGGCUGAACACAGUGCAUUAGUACCGGAGGGAAGGGGAAACCAAGAGUUUCUGGCUUUGUAUGAGGAGGUGAUUGAUUUGAUUAGUCAAUUCAAUAACCUCUCGGGGAGCACAGAAACACCUACCAGCAUGCUUUCCCCGGGGAUUGACGUGGUGUUUGGUUUGAAAAAGGAUACGAAAGUGUAUGAAUUACCUUGUUCUAGUCAUGUAGAGUAUAUUUUACAACACGUAAAAUGCGCGAAUUGAUGGAAGGAUGUGGAUACCUCUUAGUAAUUGUUUGCAGCCUGUAUGGUGGGAAUUAGCAUACUUUGGAUUGACUCCAGAAGACUUCAGAGCUUUACAGGUAAGAAUAAUUCCCAUGUUUUAUAUACUUGUUGCUACAAGCUGGUUUCUUCCUAUAAGAAUUUUGACCAAACGCUUCGACUCUUACACAAGUAAUUAAAGUUAAUAAAAAGCUUGGUUCCUUCGAAAGUAUUGUAGAACCAUUCUUCUUAAUGAAACCGAAUGGGAACUUAAGUCAAAAGGAAGCGGUGAAUGUCUUUCUUUCGCCACUUAAGGGGGCCGGCCGGAACCCCUAUAUAUGGUGGUAUAGGGCAAAAAAUGCGAAGUCAUGAAAAAAUUCAUGGAGCUUCAUAUGGCAAUUGAGAAUAUGUAUACGAAAUAUUUCCUCAAAAUUCCUCUUACUUUCGUAGUUACAAGGUAAUUAGUUAUCGUAACUCAAUACACUGGUCCCCCCGUAUUCGCGGGGGAUGCGUACCAGACCCCCCCCGUGAAUAGUUAGAAUCCACGAAUGUUUGGAACCCCUAUGAAAAUGCUAAAAACAGCCUAUUUUGUUAGUUAAAAAACUAGAAAAACCCACUAAAAAUUUUCAUACUUGGUUUUUUAAUAGUUUUAUCACAAAAAGUGCAUUUUAUGAUGAAAUUCAUCAAAAAAACCAGGAAUUUGUGGAUAUUUAUCAUAGAAAAAUACCGCGAAUGUGUGAAUUUUCCACGAAUAAUGCAGGGAAAUGUUCCCCAGAGAAAUCCGCGAAUGUGUGAGUCUGCGAAUCUGGAGAACGCGAAUACGGGGGGUCCACUGUAAGCCUAAAACAUUGAUCCGUACAAGAAAAUGCAAUAUUUCUUCUAUUAUCGUAAAUUUUUAUAAUUAUUGUCAAAGAAAUUGGGAGAAAUGGCAUCUGUAGACAUUCCCCGAGUCGAGAAGGAGACUUCAGGCUCAGCUACCAAGUCCAGUCCUGAUUUAGUGCGAUCACAGACUUCAAGUAGUCUACACGAUCCAUUUCACCUCUGCCAUUCGCCCGCUUUUACGUAUGUUUAUGUAUGUUUCGGCAAGAAGUUCAUCAUGCCAAUGAGGAAAAGACAAGGAAAACAUCUCGCUAACAUACAGACGAAGAAAAAUCGCUCAAGUAUUAUUACAGAAUAUCAUAAUAUAUGCGUAGUUAGUGAAGAGAGAGGGGAGGGUUGCUUAGUAACGCUCCCGUCUUGCUUGACAGCACACGUCACACUAUGCCCAAGGCUACGAUCUUUGAGCAAAGAGAUCUUUAUUUAUGAUAAAUAACAAAUUUUGGUUUUUCAAUACCCAAAAUGGAAUAUGAAAUUCAUAAUAAUCAUGAUUUAUUAAAUUGUCUUUGUAAAAAAAGAGUACGCCUUCGAGUU